AUGGCACCCCGACCUCGCACUUAUACUCUUUCGCUUCUAUUUUCUGUUGCCGCGUUUUCUUCCUUAGCUACAGCAAAUUGCAAUGGUGGUUCCCUGAACACCUCAUCUUGGUAUUACAGUGUCGAAAAGUACCCAGCGACGGUGUUCGAUGUUGCGCAGGAGACACGGCGUGGCGUCUGUGAUAUUGGCCGUCACAACCUCAUGGCCGACGUGACAAUAAUACCAAACAUUAGCCAGCAGAUAUGGAUCCCACCACAAGUUUGCGAUCCUGACAACAAGACCUGUCUAAUUCCCGAAAACAACGCAACCAGUCACUGCAUUUACGGUGGCCCUCGUUUAUAUUACACGGUCAAUGGAGACACAUAUGACCGUAUUGCUCAGAGACUAAACAUAACUGUUGAGUCACUCAUGGAAAAAAGCAGUGGUAAUAUGACUGCAACAACGGCGCUCCAGCCGGGGCAGUUUGUUAAAGUCCCUCUAUGUGAACCCAGCCAGUGCAUUCUUCAGCCCUAUACUUUCUCGUCAGGAGGUUAUAAGGACCUGGCCGACAAAUAUGGUACAACUGUGGGCCAGAUAAUGAUGCUUAGCCCGACCUAUAAUUACAGUACCUCCGUGGUAAACAGCGAAUCCGGCCCAACCAUCGAUCUCCCAAUCAGUUGUACCGCUUUGUCAUCAAACAUCACUGUCGUGGAUUGA